AUGCCGUCCAGCCCUUACAAGGGGAGUAUUAAGCAGCCACCAUUCCUAUCAAUAUGAGCGUUCACGAACUCAACCCAAGCGACACACCAAAGUCCUUUGAUUGCACCGUCUCAAGUCCUCCAUCAUGAAAAUCGCAAUCGCAGGCGUCGGAGACGUAGGCACCUACUUCAUCGAAGAAUUCAGCAGAUCCACACAUGAAGUCGUCCUCCUCACGAGCAAACCCAAAAGCCUCCUAGUGCGCCUACCCAUUGAACAACGGAUUACCGAUUACAGCAUCGAGAACCUUACAUUGCACCUGCGAGACUGCGACGCUGUGGUAUCCACCUUCUGCGGGCCGGAAGACAAAUACAUCACCGCCCAUCUGGCAAUGUUAGAAGCAUGCACCCGGUCCCCAAAAUGCAAGCGCUUCCUCCCCUCGUCCUGGACCACCAACAUCGAAGACUUCGGUGACCAACCGAUCAUGCUCGCGCACUCACGAAACACAAUUUGGAACGCCCUCCGCUCACAACAUGAGAUUAAAUGGACCAUGGUUUGCAACGGAUGGUUCAUGGACUAUGUUCUUCCCGCCUCGCAGCGGUAUUUACGAGACGUCGGCGUGGGGUGGGUGAUGGAUCACCAAAAUAAAGUGUUCGAGUUGUAUGCGGAUGGUCAACAGAAGGUUACGCUCACGUCUGUUCGGGACGUUGCUCGGGCGGCAUUGUCCAUAUUGGAACAUGAUGAUAGCAAGUGGAACGAAGUUACUCAUUUUGGGGGGCAGACCAUCACGUAUCUUGAAUUGUACGAGUUGAUCAAGAGACGGGACCCAUCAUGGACAUUGAAGAAGUUGCCGUUUGCCGAGGUGAUAGAAAGGAUUACGUCGGGGAAGUUGGCCGGUGAGGAUGUCGACUUGGAGUACUUUAGACUUAUGGGGUUUACCAAUUGCAACAGAGUUCCGGAGGAUAGGGCUUUGACGUGGGGGACGGGCUUGUUGGAGGGUUUGAGGGCUCGUGGUGUUGAAGAAUUUCUGGAUGAGGCGGCUAAAGACGAGAAGGUUGUUCCGUAA